AUGGCGGUGAUACCUUUGUACUUUGGUCUGGCUGUCGGGCUUUUGUGUUCCUUCGCCGUUGUACGCGCCGUCUAUCGAAUCACAUUCCAUCCGCUUGCAAAGUUCCCUGGGCCCAAGCUGGCAGGCAUGUCGUCGCUAUAUCAGGCUUGGUUUGACUUGAGGUCUUCAACGUCGUACAUCAAGCAGUUUCAUGCUUUUCACAAGAGAUAUGGUCCCAUCGUCCGAAUCACUCCGAACCAGCUGCACAUCUUCGACAUGGCGGCAUACAAUGAGAUCUUCAAGAUCGGGACUCGCUAUGCUCGCCACCAGGACAACUACAAUCAAGAAGCAGCAGACGGAUUCUUCAACGUUCUGGACCCCAAGGCCGCCAAACCAUGGCGAGAUGCAUAUCAACCGUACUUCGCCAAAGCUGCCAUCAUCCGCUUGGAACCACUGAUCCACGACCGAAUCAAGAAGUUCCUCUCGGUGCUCGACGCGGCAUCCUCCACCGGCACGGCCGUUGACCUGAGCAGGGGUUACCGUAGUUUGACUAGCGACGUGGUGACGAGCUACAUGUUUGCGGAUAAAGGAUUUGAAACACUCGACGCUGAAGGAUUCCAGUCCCCGACGCUGGUGGCCUUGGAGGAGUUCUUCGAAUUUACGCAGUGGGCCAUGUAUUUUCCCAGUUUUAUGGGAUGGUUGACGAGACAGCUGCAGAAACUCACCAAGGAGCAGACGGAGAAGUUUAUGCCAGCAUUGGCGGCGACGAACUGGAUCACGAAACAAUGUGGCGUCAAAGUGAAGAAAAUCCUGCGAGAAGGGGGCUCAGGAAGCUCGUUCCCUACCGUCUUCGACGCAUGGGCGAAACCCAGUGAGAAGAGAGGGUUCACGCCAACCCUCAAGCAGCUGACAGCCGAUGCAUUCACCUUUCACGGUGCUGGAACCGACACGACAGCGCAUGCACUCACCACAGCUACUUGGGGUCUGAUCAACAACAAGGAGAGCCUUGAAAAGCUGCGCGAGGAGUUGAAGGGAGCGAUCCCGGCGCCGCACAGUGAACAGUUGGUCAGCUCGAGUAUGCUUGAAAAUCUGCCCUACCUCGUGAGUCAAGAGCGACAAGCCAGUUCAGAGGGCCAUUGCGCUGAUGUUUUGGUACAGCGUGCCGUAGUCAAGGAGGCUUUGAGGAUGAGCAUGGGAGUUCCUGGGAGAAUGGGCCGAGUAGUGCCUGAAGGCGGGGCUGUGUUGUGCCAGCAACAGAUUCCUGCAGGAGUCGGAAUCACCAGUGUCUGUUACUGCUACCACUACGACCCAGCGCAUUUCCCGUCUCCGAACGAGUUCCGCCCAGAUCGCUGGCUCGGACCAGACAGUCAACAACUCGAAAACCGCCUGAUCGCUUUCUCUCGAGGUCCGAGAUCAUGCAUUGGCAUCAACCUCGCAUAUGCCGAGUUGUAUCUGAACCUGGGGUAUGUGUUUAGAAAGUUUGACCUGGAGCCGUUUGAGACCACGGCGUGGGAUAUGGAGUGGAAGGACAACUUUGUAGUUACGACGAAGGGCCAUUUGAGGGUCACAUUGAGGGGGGCCAGUGACGACGAAGAGGAGUAG